AUGCCUCAGCCCAGCCAAAUCUUUCCUGUCGAGAACCCGACUCAAUCUCACUGGCUAUCCCAGCCGCAUCAUCUGGCAAGCUAUCGAUCAUCCGAGACUGUCCCUCGGGAAAUCGACAUUGCCAUUGUAGGCACUGGUCUCGCUGGUGUAGCCACCGCGUAUCACAUAUUGAAACGCUCUGGGGAUGUAAAAGCCCCCAAGAUUGCGUUGUUUGAAGCUCGACAGGCUUGUUCAGGGGCAACUGGACGAAAUGGUGGUCAUAUAAAGAUUGGUGUGCCUUCGCUAAAGCGCUUCCAAGAACAGUUAGGAAGUGAUAAGGCCCUUGAGCUCUUCGAGUGGGUAGCCACCCAGCGUCGUGAGGUCAAAAAAGCAGUCGACGAUGAGGGCAUCGACUGUGACAUGCUCGUAACGCGCUCAUACGAUGUCUUUUUUGAGAAAAAUCACGCGGAAACAAUCAAGAACUGGCUCUUUGAGCAGCAGAAAAAGGGGCUGGAGUGGACGACAGAGAUUCAGUGGUUAGACGGCCCGAACCUUGACAGGAUCACUGGAACAAAGGGGGCACAUGGAGCCGUCAGCGUCCCAGCUUUGUCGUUCUGGCCAUAUAAGUUCGUCAUGGGUUUAUUGGAUCGUAUAAUACACCACGGCGGCAGUUUGUACACUGAGACUCCCGUCCACAGUAUCGAGAACAUCUCAACCAGUGCCACUAAAUUGGUAACUAGCAGAGGCAUCUGCACUGCCAAAAAGGUUGUCUUCGCAACGAACGGCUAUUCGGCCGGGGUACUGCCCCAGUUUCACAACGUGAUUGUUCCUGUGCGAGGACAAGCGGCGCACCUGGUUCCGAAUUGGGGCCCGCACCAUGGAUUCCACCCAGUUACGACUUACAACUUGUUUUACGACGGUACUUCGGUCGAUUACUUGAAUCCACGGCCUGAUGGGACGGUUGUAUUAGGCGGAGGUGGUCGCAACUUUCGCAAGGGUUCGGAUGAUCGUAAUAGCAGCUGGUGGGAUACUGUGGACGAUUCACGACUUAUUAGCCCUGCUGUAAGGUUGGACUUUGAUAAGACGAUGGAGACGUAUUUCAGGGGAUGGGAGAAGAGUGAGGCGAGGGUUGGCAUGACUUGGACGGGCAUUAUGGGAAGUACAAAAGAUGCGUUGCCGCAUGCUGGGCUUGUUCCGGGCUCAGAUAAUCAGUGGAUCUUGGCUGGAUUUAAUGGUGGUGGUAUGGCCAUGAUUUUUACAUUGGCAAAAGCCAUCUCAGGCAUGGUGUUGCACGAGGAGACGUUUGAGCAGGCUGGUAUUCUGAGCAUGUUUAAGACGACGUCAGAGAGACUGGAAGCCAUGCGCUUUUAG